GGCAUGUAAAGCGAUUUUUUCAAACCUAAUAUAUGCAAAAAAAAAAUACGCGCCAUCUGUUGAGCAUUGUCAAAAGCAUUCAAAAGCUCCGAAUAACCACGAAAUGGAGCUCGCGGUAGCGAAAUUUGACAUGUUUACGGAAGCUUGUCGGUAUAGAUAAGGCAUAUUAUAUGUUUUUCUCGCAGAGAAAUCAUGGAGGAGAGCAACGGAAAUUCGGCACAGGACAUUGAAGUCGUUGUGGUUACCGCUAGGAGCGAAAAUGGGACCUCCGAUUCGGAUAGUGAAGGAGGAGACAACGACGAGAAAAGGCCUCCCAAACGCCAAAUUUCGAAACUUCCCGCGCACCUCAAGGGCCUUAUGGGCGAGGCCAAUCUUAGAUACGCCAGGCGUGACUAUGAAACCGCCAAGAAAAUGUGUUUCGAGAUAAUCCGGCAGGCUCCCGAUGCUUACGAGCCCUACUGGACGCUUGCCCAGAUGUACGAGAAUAGCAAUUUUAAAAAGUACAAAGGAUUCUUGAUGCUCGCGUGUCAUGUGCAGCCUUCGAAUGUCAACCUGUGGUGCCGGUUGGCGGAGGUGGAGUUGCAGGAGUCCCAAAUCGCCGAAGCGAUCGACUGCUACUCUAAGGCGAUAAAAGCGGAACCACAAAAUCUUGAGCUUCACGCGAAGCGGAUCGAGUUGGCGGAAAAAAAAGCGGACGAGAGGCUCCUGCUAGUCUGCAAGCUGACGAUGGCGAAGCACAUGCCGCGCAGACAGCACGAGCGCAUCUUAGAAACGUGCAGGGACGUCGCGCAGGCCUAUUUCCGCGAGAAAAAGUACGCGAGGGCGGUGGACGCGCUUCGAGUCCCCCUCAAACGGAUCCCGGACAAGGUGACGCACGACGAGCUCAACAUGAUGCUCGAUCUGCUGCUCGUGAGCGAACGCUACUCCGAGUGUCUCGACAUUUUCACCCAGUUCUUCGGUUUCACGUUCGACGUCACCGUCGAAUCGACCGAUUCGUUCGUCGUCAAUUCUUACACGAUGCCGUCCGAGGAUCUGCACAUCGACCUGAAGGUCAAGUUUAUCGUGUGCGUGGUGCGACUGCAGUGCCACGACUUGGUCCGCGGCUUGAUCGACGAACUCCUCAUCGCUACCGACGUCGAAACUUACGGCGGUCUUCACCUAGACGUUGCGGAGGCCCUAAUGGCGUCCGGCCUCCACCGGGAAGCGCUCUCCCUGCUGGUGCCGCUCGUCAAGAGUCGCAACCAUUCGCUCGCGGGGGUGUGGCUGAGACACGCCGAGUGCCUCUCGGCCUGCGGCAUGCCCGACCAAGCGAUCGACGCAUACUACACCGUGAUGCUCCUCGCCCCUAACCACGUCGAGGUUCUCUACCCCUUGGCGAUGCUCCUACUUGGCCAGGACAAGAAAGAGGAAGCCCUCCGGGUCUUGUCGCAAGACCCCGCCUCUAAUAAGCUCCACGUCGCGGUGCUCGUCGAGCAGAUGAAGCUGCUGCGUCGCAUCGACGACCUCGACAACUACUGGAAGUGCUGCGAGCUGCUGCUGUCGCGGCACUGCGUCGUGUUCCGCAACUGGGAGGAGCUGCGAGCGAUGACGACCGUGUCGGACACGCGGGGCGAGCGAAUCGCGAAAGUGAAACGGAUCAGGCGGUUCCGGGGUCAGGACGAUUGCGUCGAGUCGACGCUGGAGAGCGUGCACGAGAAGUCGCCCGACGAAGAGUACGAGCUGUAUCGGGACAUGUUGCAGUUCGCGUACGACAGACGGGACUACGCGCAGUACCAGAAGCUCUGCUUCAUGGGACUUUCAUCGAAACGGUUCGGCAGGCAUUUCGAGGAAAUGUACCUGACCGCUUGUCACGCGUGCCUCUUCAAUCGCGACGUGUUCCACGGUUACGCGAUGGCCCGCGAGAUCCUCCUGCACCACCCGUCGAACAAUCUCGCGUGGAAUUACUUCUCGAUGAUGGCUCAGGACCCGGACGAGAACCGCUACUACAAGUUCUUCCAGGCGCAGUCCGUCCGCGACCGUCUGUCUACCUCGAACGGCGACCUCGUCCGUCACAACUACUUAUGCGGCACCCACGACUGUCUGUCCUUCUUCGCGAAACGCUUUCGAAGGACCGGCUCGUCGUACGCCGCGUUGAUGGUCGCGGUGUGCGCCGCCCACCUCUGCCAUCAGAAACGCGCGAGGAGCGGGGCCGUCGACGCCCUCCCGACCGUGGCCGCCCUGUUCGCCGCCUACGGGCGGUCGAGGAGCGCCCGGGCCGCCUCCGAGGUGUUUUACAACACCGGACGCAUGUACCAGCAGUUCGGGUUGGUGAGCGUGGCCGAGCGAUGGUACCAACGCGUCCUGGACACUCCCGGAGACGACGACUGCGUGCUGGGCCUGAAGCGAGAGGCCGCCUACAACCUCCACCUCAUUUACAAGGCGGGAGGUAACUGGGCGGCCGCCCGGAACGUCCUCAUGCGGCACGUCGUCGUGUGAGGGCGCCGUUUCGAAAUAUAUAGUUUUUUUUUUAUUUUAAUUUUUUUUUUAACUCCCACUAGAAGCUGGCCCCGUAGUCGAUUAUAAAACCAAGAGAGAACUAAGAACGGCAAAUCGCACCCAUUCGCCUUUAUCGUACAUUCGAAAUUAAGUUUGCACUACAAAAUGGGGUCGCAUUUUUGAAAAACUGCCGAAACUCGAAAGGUUUCAAUGCACGAUUCGAUCCUAGACCGCACGAAAGUGUGACCGAAAUCUGUAAUAUGCAAUUUAUAGUUCGACCAGAAAUAUAGUGCUUUUACAACUGAUCCCGUGAUUAACUUUGCUAACUGUUCAUUACUCCCCUGUCCGUAAUCAUUCCAGGACCGUCCUAGGAAUUGUCGAAACAUCUACAUAAAAAAAUUAGAACACAGUAACAAUCAAAGAGUAUAAGAUAGAGGGGAAGGUCGCGUGUACUGUUACGAAUGCCAUCUCUAUUAUUUGUGUUCAACUACUAAAGUACUGUCAUGGCGGUCAAAAGUAAUGCGUCACACUGAAAAUGCUACAGUAGCUUGUAACGGAUAACAGCACUUUAUUUAUAUUUUAAUAAAAAACAUGUAAAACUAUGAUACUGAUCAACUACUGAAAAAAUACCAAUGAAAAAACCAAAGCAAAGUAACGACCAAAAAGGAGAAAUAGUUCAAAGUACAAUGGACCGAUUUCUAUGCACACAAGUCCCUAUAAACUUCUUUAACUUGUUAUUACAAUUCUCAUAAAAAUUAAACAUUUUUUUUUUUAGUCAGGGAUUCAAAUUCAAUUCAAUUCAAAAAUCACGUAUUUUUCUCGACGAUUCAACGUUUUUAGAUUUUAAUACACGUUUCAAUCGUCAGCAAUAUAUUUUGCUUAUUAAAGUCUCCCAAGUUCCAAAACAUUUAGAAAAUACGUUUUCUUUCUGUUUCAUUUAAAUUUUUCUUGAUUUUUUUUCAUUUUCAAAAACUUUCGCAGCCAAAUUACCCUGAAUUCCGUUUAAUUUUACGAAUUUUCUGAAUAUAAGUACCACUUCUGUGUUUUCUAAAUCCUUUGAAGGUGCUGUUUUGUAAAUUCUUAUUCUCAAUUACUUCCUCUUACUCUGUUGAAGAAAAAUAAAAUAUUAUAUUUUAAAUUUCAAUUUAAUAUCAAAACGUAAUUUAAAUUACCUUCAAUCACUGCUU